AUGGGAAAUAAAACAUCGAAAGGUGAGAAGGCUGAAAAUCAUGUGGCAUUUCCGACAAGAAAUUUUGACACAAUGCCGAAUAUUAUUAUAACUCAACCAACACCGAUUAAUCAGCCGGAUAGCCCGAAUCCGUUCUUGUCUGCUCCACCGCCAAGCCCAAGAGGGACUAGAAGUAUGGAAAGCUUCUACGAAGAAACUCCGAUAUUGACAGCAAACACGACAAAUGAGAAUCCUCCGGAGAAAGCUCCUCCGCCGCCCCCGCCUUCCGUUCCGCCGCCAGCAGAGCCACCAAAGUAUGGCGUUUUUCAUGAUGAGGUCACUAGGAAAAAAUUUGGCGAAUCGGUGUUGGAACGAAUUCGAAGCCCAAUUCCACCACCGCCUGAAGCGGUUUCCCCGCCGGUUAUCAAGCGUAAUAUCAUGUACGCUAAGGAUAAAAUCGCACUUUUCGAAGGUAUGAAUACUGUAGAAAGGCCAAAGGUGAUGCCACAACUUCCCAAAAAGGACGAUUUCUAUGCAACCAAAAGUAAUAGGGCACCAAUUGGUUAUAAUAAUGAUAAUCAAACGGAAACAAGCUCAAUUUCUUCUAAAGCGAAUACGAUGGAUGAUUAUCCAAUUUAUAAUCCCAUCUCGGAUUACACGUACAAAGCGGGAAUGAGCUAUCAAACCGGUGCAUUUCCCAUCGACGCGAAUCGUCAAAACUUUGGGUUUUGUGGAAGAAGUGGUGCGGGAAAAUCCACAUUAAUCAAUGCUCUUCGCGGUUUGAGCAAUGGCGAUCCGCAAUCGGCGGGAAGAAAUCCAUGUGAUCGUAUGGAGCCAUUUCGAUUCAUCGAAGGCGAUUUGCAGCAAACCGUCCUCUGGGAGAUACCGUAUCCGCGAACGUUCUUCGCGAUCAACGCCGUAUUCGAUGCAAACAUGGGAUUCGACAAAUUCUACGAGUCCCACAAACUUCGAUUAUUCAAACGAUUGUUCAUAUUGAUACCGGAUGGCGCUCCGACCGAUGAGGAUAUCACGUUUGCAAGAGUUGCCCAUUCAAGGCGCACCUCUAUCACAUUUCUAUCGACGAAGAGCGAUGAUGAUCUCGACGCGGAGAGCAGAGAGACCGGCCGUGGAAUCGAUCAGCAAAUGAAACAGCAUUAUGAAAAAUCGGCAAGAGCCGUGUUUGCGAAAUAUCUGCAAAAGAAGGCGCAAAUAUUGAAUUCGAUUGAGCUCCUGUUUGUCAGCGCACCGACAACAAGAAAUCUUGUCAGCGGAACUGUUGGAUACCUUCACUAUCUAUUGGAUGAAGAAAGACUUCUGGAAAUUCUUGAUUUAAAAACUGGAUGUCAUUAUGAGCUCGAAUCAAAACUUCGAAAAGAGAGAGAAGAAAUCACUAGGCCGUCUCGAAUGGACAUUGAAAAUCAUAGAAUUGAUAAUUAUAGCCUUCCUCAGCCAUAUGGAAUCGAAAAAUCAACGGUUCUCGCCGACGCUGGAUUUGAAAUCAUGUAUGGAACUGAUGAUAGGGUUUAUGGAUCAUUGGAGCCAAAGACAAUGAUAAGAAGAGCGGGAAAAACCUGCUUUAAUUAUGGACUCAUUGGUGGAAAUGGCGUCGGAAAGUCAGCACUAAUUGAUGCGAUGAGGGGAAUGAACUCAAAGCAUCCAUUGUCGGCAACCAAGUGCAAAUCAAAAGCCGGAACAUGUGAACGAUUCGAGUUUGACGAUGACAUUCUCAAGUACAGUGUGACACUCUACGAGCUUCAUUAUCCCAAGAAAAUCAAUUCAUAUUUUGAAUUUAUUGACAAAUUUAAUAUUGCCUCAUUCACUGCUUUAUUCAUUCUUGUUGACCAGUAUCCUAGCGAUGCGGACUUGGCUUUUGCAAAAAUUGCUUAUAGGAGAAGCACAACUAUAUUAUUCUUGGUGUCGAAAUGUGAUAAGAAAUUGGCGGCUCGGAGCCGAAGUGAUGAAAUUCCGGUGUGCGAUUUGUUGAAACAGCGCUACAUUGAUAAAGCGAUGGACAAAUUCGAGAAGACAAUAUCGAAUCACGCCGCCGAACUACGUGGCCGCGUCAAUAUAUUUUUCGUCUCGGCGCCCGUAUUCAAAGCGCUUCGCAACGGUGACCCGAGAGGCACCCAAUUUGUAUUGCAUGAACGCGCCGUCUUCGAUUUCUUGAAAUCUAGGAGAAUGAUUGCUGAUAUGCUUGACAAUCCUCCGGAAAUGCGCGAGGGACUCUAUGCGAAUGUGAAUUUGGAGACCGCUGGAACUCUAUAG